AUGAACAACAUUCGUCUUCAACUCCAGAAAAUCUACUGGAUGGUAUCCGAGAAUCCAUUCGGCUCGUUGGAAUCUCUGCUGGCACUGGCGAUUCCACUGAUUAUAGUGGUUCUGAUGUUCAAUUGGAGAGUGAAACAAUCAAUGAAAAAGCAGAAAAGAAUUCAGAAUCGAAGGGAUAAACUUUUGAAAAAACUGAACGGAGGAAAGCAAAAAGAAGGAGAAGAGCAAGUGGAAUCAGACGAUGAAGUGGUCAAAGAGGCAAUAAAGUUAAUGGAGCAAAAAGUGAAAAAGAUGGAAUGA